UUAAUUUAUUGUCGAUGUUUUGCUUUUUCGAAGUCUUUAUUCUUCUUCUUUCUCUCCUUGUCGACCUGAAAAUAACGAACUAAUUCUACAUCCUCCAGCGCGAUGGCCUCUGAAAAGACUAGAGCAGAACGCAACUACGAAGCUCGGGUUGACUUAGCCACAGCCUACCGUGCCUGCAACUACUACAACCUCAAUUAUGGUAUCUUCAACCAUAUAACGCAGAGGGCGCCUGCCAAAGAUCGAGAGGGAGAUGUUAUGCUUAUAGUUCCGUAUGGAUUGCUCUGGGACGAGGUCACUCAAUCCUGUCUCAUCGGCAUCGACUUCGAGACCGGAGAGGUAGUCGAAGGAGAAGGUAAAAUCGCCGAAACAGCAAAUGCAAUUCACCGUGCUAUCCAUCGCACACGUUUCCCCAUCGACGGUACAACUAGCAUAAUGCACACACAUCAAUCAUAUACUACCACCUUGGCUUGUGUGGAUGAUCCAGAACCCUUCAAAUUCGGACUUUCGCAGGGAAGCAUGUUUUUCUAUGGAAAGAUGGCGUUUGAUCACGGUUACACAGGAUUUGCUCAUGCUAAUGAUGAAGGGUACAGACUGGCUAAGGAGGGUAUGCAAUUGCAAUUGGAUUAA